AUGGAUAAAAAGAUAAUGCGCAAAGGGCCGCUUCCUGGGGGUCGCCAGGGCGCGUCUGGUGCUGGCGCUGGACGCGGCAGCAUGCGGGCCGCCAGCCGAGUGCGAGGAGCUGCACGGUCACCUAGCAGCCCUCCGCAUCCAUCAUCCCCACCAGAAGGCUUGGUGUCGGCUGGGUCUUCUCGGACUCAGCAAGCGGCACCCGCCGCUGGUGGAGCACGUCGCAUGCGUUGGUCACAAGCAAUGAACGCAAACGCACUGCGGGCGUACUUUAGGGCAAAAGGGAAAGAAACUGGAUGUUUGGCGUAUCGGGCUAGGAUGCAUCGUCUUUUUGCUGAGCUGGAGCCAUCUUUAACCGUCACAGAGCAAAACCUGGUAGACCGAGUUCGGUAUAUCUUGCGCUCAAAUAUAUUUGAUGUCGCCGAACUCGAACGGCUACGACGUGAGGCUGUUCCCUCAUCGGAUGAAAAUGCUACGGCUGAGGAUGCGGCGCCACAAAUUGUAGAGCAACCCGCAAACGUGGAUGCCGCCGUGAAUACCCCAGUUGUGGUUGAUUCAAACGAUGAUGGAACAGUCGCCCAGGAACUGGAAUUAGAGCAUAUGAGGAGUACAUUGGAAGAGGCGAUUGUGGAAACGCGCAGUAGGCCUCUCGAAAAUCGACCGCGACUUCCCCGCAUAGCCCUAAGCAAGCGGAAUCGGGCUGUCGUGAGGGCUCUGAACCCAAUGCUGGUGACCUAUUUGGAAGCCAGCCGGGACCUUUGCGAGACUGACUCAAUUCUUUAUGGCGCCACGCUGGCAGUCUGCCGUAUCAUAGGCGCCAAGGUUUCCACGGCUGAACGCGCUACUGGCCAAAGUAGCGCUAUCCCAGUAUGGAGAAGAAGAAUUGAGGAACGUAUCGCAAAGGCUAGAGCUCUCAUCGGCAGACUGAUAUGCUUCAGAUCAGGCAACAACAGGCCAAGAAUUGUGCGCACCGUCAGGAUGGCGUUUGCUGGGACAAAUGUCAGUUUGUCCCAGCCGGAUAUAACGCAAAAACUGACGGAGCGCAUAGAUGAUCUGAAGCAGAGAAUAAUACGUAACGCUGCUUGGGGAAAGCGGAUUCGGCGAUAUACCGAGAGGUCGACACGGUUCAACCAGAAUCGUCUCUUCCAGAGUGAUCAGAAGAGGCUCUAUGAAUCAUUGGAGCGACCAAUGGUAAGUGCAACGGGCCCAGCACCGAAUCAGGCCGACACUGUAGCAUUCUGGCGCGGCCUGUGGUCAGAGCCCGUAAACCACAUAUAG